CCUCGACAGAGACCAUUUCAAUCUAAUUCUAUCCCCUCACCCCCAAAUCAUCCCAAAAUCUUAAUUAUCUAACUAAUUAACAAACCCCCGUGCUAGCUAGCCCCCUCUCCCCUCUAUAUAAGCCCCUCCAUUGCUUCGCCUCCCAAGAAGAAGAAGAGAUCAUAUUUAGCUAUAUCUCUAGCUAGCUGCGUCUCGUCUUCUCCAAGCUAUUGUUACUUAGCUAGCUUUAGCUAGGAGAGUAAAAGAUCGAGUGAUCAUUAGUGAGUUUGAUUAGUUGAUUUUGUUGGGGUUGAGAUCGAAGAGAUCGAUGGCCGGGCUGAGGGAGAUGGAGUCGACGCUGCCGCCGGGGUUCAGAUUCUGCCCCAGCGACGAGGAGCUCAUCUGCUUCUACCUCCGCAACAAGGUCGCCAACCACCGCGUCGCCUCCGGCACCCUCGUCGACGUCGACCUUCACGCCCGCGAGCCAUGGGAGCUUCCCGAGGUGGCUAAGCUCACUGCAGAGGAGUGGUACUUCUUCAGCUUCAGAGACCGGAAAUAUGCGACAGGGUCACGGACGAACCGUGCGACCAAGACAGGUUACUGGAAGGCCACGGGGAAGGACCGGAUUGUCCAUGAGGGUACAACACGAGCGGUGGUCGGGAUGAGGAAGACGCUGGUUUUUUACCUCGGCCGUGCCCCUAAUGGGCAAAAGACGACAUGGGUCAUGCAUGAGUUCCGCCUUGAAACACCUAACUCCCAACCUAAGGAGGAUUGGGUGCUAUGUAGGGUGUUUGACAAGAAGAAGCCAUCGACAAUAGAAGCCGAGGGUGGCGGAAGCAGUGGCAGCGACCUUUUCAUUCCCGGUGCCACCGAUGGCUCUACUGACCCCUCCUCGCCGACGACGAUGGCACCUCUCCUUGGCUCAUCGCCCGAUCCGACAGUGGUGGACAGGUUCGACCACCGGUCAGCGGCGGUGCCACCAUUAAUGGUACUCAUGCAAGGUGGUGGGGACCAAAUGAUCAGUGGUAGCGGUGUCCACUGCAGCAACAACGACAACUCCGGUAGUAGCAGCGCACUGCUUAACCUGACGAUGCUGCAAUACAGCUUCCUAGAACAUCGGCCAACUGGUGACGACAUGGCGGUGGGGGCCCACUUUGGAACAUGCCAGGGUGGCAACAACGAUGCCACGAUGGCACUUGGGAUGGGGUUUGAGGAGCAUGGCAUGGGAGAGAUCAUAGAGAUGGAACCAGCAUGGCGCCAAGGUGGUAGCAACUGCGUGUACAGGGACGAGCUCUACUUCUAGCAGAAGUAGUACAAUGGAUUAAUAUUAAUGAUUUGCAUGUGUUAGAGUUCAGUUAAAUUCAGAAAAUAUGUAGAGCUUAGAAGAGGUUUGCUAGUUUGUGAUUAGAGUGUGAUUAUUAAUUAAGGUGGAGUUAAUUAAGGGGUCGAUUAGUUCGAGUGGUCGUGAUAUGAAAAUAUUUGUGUAAUUACUCAGUUUGUAGGUGAGCCAUAUAUCAAACAACUUUAGGGAAAGGGGAUGAUCAAGAAUUCAGAACCAGGAUGAAUUUGAUAUUCUUGUACUUUAAAAAAUGUAAUGAUGGGAAUAAUAUUUAAAUCUGAUUGAGCCAAGCUCUUCAGGAAGAGAGAAUAUAUUUUCUGCCACUGAGUUCACUUUGUUCAA